AAAGCGUGACGAUGGGAAUAAUUAACAGAGGUGUCUUGUGAUGGUUUUUGCCCAGUUGAGGGUCCGUGUAUCGCGUCAUCGUAGAUACGAUUGCCAAUACCGGGUUGUGAAAGUGAUAAAAACGAAUCUAGUGAAAAAUACGCGAGAUAAUGAGUUGGAGAUUAGUAGCGUCACCCGGGUUUUUUCAGUCAAGCAUUUCGUUAUUAUUUUCCAAUUAAUUUUGACUUCGUAAUCAAAUUAAUAGUUUCUUAAUUGAGAAGUGUUUAUUAAUUUUCAUUUUUUAAAUAUUUUUUAUUUCUAAAUUGUAACGGUUCUAAGUACCGCGGACCAAUGACAACCGUCCGCCAAUCGCGAGAGCCCCCUCGCCGCCCCGCGGACGAGUAUAUGCGUUUUGGCGGGAUGAUGCUCAGUUGUUCUCUGGGCGGCGAAGGCGUCAGGAUCAGAAUAGUUUACAGAGGUGUUUUGUGAUGGUUUUUCUUCAGUUGAAGCCCCGUGUAUCUCCUCAUCGUGUAAACGAUUAACAAUACAAGUCGGCUGUACACCGGCCAGUGAUCGUUCUUUGUCUCACGGGAGUAUGGAAGCGUCGCGUCAAAACAGACGGCCGGCCUUGUUAUGGUUUUGCCGAGUUCACAGGGGGUGAGCAGUAUACAAACAUGGCGGUUCGCGGAACUCAAUCCUCUAUCAUGCAAUAUCUACGUCGAAUAGAGUGUGGUGAUACAAUUGGACUCUUAUCACAAGCGGAAGGAGUUCACGGCGGCACCAUGGAGAGUGUUUUGUUAAUAAGGCAGCUACACUAAUAGCUCGCACUUGAGCCAGUUUCCAAUGACGAAGUGGACAUGAGUUGGUCCUCCAGAUGGUCGCCGUUACGGAUUAUAAUUUUCAUUUUACUCAAAUAUGGGACAAUGCAACCGGCUCUGACGAUGGAGGAGACCUUGUUUUCGCGUUUGAUUGUCGCUGCCUCCCACACGGCAUUGUCCGGCGAUCUCGAGGUCUUUAUCAUGAAUUUGGGGGAGAGGAGACCAACAACAAAUGCACCUAGGAUGGAAACAACCACCGAGGAGGAAGCGGACAUUAUCAUGGAGCAGGAGGAGGGAGAAAUGGAUAACGAGGAGUAUGAUUCCUGGGUGCCACCUACUCCGGAUCAUGAUCCCUUUGUUCUUAGAGUUAUGCGGCUGGAUGGAUUUACAUCGGAACUAGUUGGCGAGGUAGCUGUCGAAACUCCGAUGAUACAAGCUGGAAAUGUUUCCCUGACUGUUCCAUGUGGAUUCUUCUCUCGUGGCGGUGCUUAUUCUCUUGUACUCGAGCACAGCUCUGUCCCACCAAGUUCAAAAUUCACUGAUUUCAAUAAUAUUCAGGUGAGAACAACUUUGGACGUGAGAUGGCCAACUCCGUCCCUCACUAUGGAGCCCCAGCACUUCAACACUUACCCCGAUCAGCCCGUUCUGGCGACUCUCGAGUACACUGGAAUCUCGUGUGCACCCGCCGAGGGACUCCCAGUUGACACUUACUCACUUCAGCUUAUAUACUGUGGGGCCAGUGUGCUAUCCUGUGAUCCGCGAAAUCGGAGUAUUCCUCAGAUGCUGUACAACGAGGAAAUCAAGGGAUUUCCGAUGCAAAAAAUUGUCUAUAUGCGUUGUGAAUUUUUUGGAUUAGCUGGUCAUUAUGCUCUGAGAUUAAAGCCGACCAACGGGAAUUCGACGGCGCCAAUGAUCUCUGCAUAUAUCAAGGUUGAAAUAUCAAACCAAUACGUCUUCAAUGUCCACGCAAGAUCAGUUUACCCGUGCGAUGGAAAUUCGGGUGGACUUUCUGUUCUGUUCGAAUACCCAUCCUGUCGCCUUCAGGAGGAUCGUGUUAGGGUGUACGGCCGCCUGAGGGCUGAUGUAGCAUCCCUAGCACCGCCAUCGACCUUGCACUACGUUGCUGAGCUUAAAGCACCACCUGGCAAGCAUACACUGACAUUUGACUGUGAAAUAUUCACUGAGAAAUUUGUCGAGUACUGCUUCGUCUAUGUCAGCCAGGCGAUUAACAAUGCGAUGGCUGAAGUCAGAGUGGAUUGCAUUCCUACAUUUCCCGUUCAAGACAGUGAUGCGGGUGGUUGGGGUCAAUGGAGCCCCUGGAGUCCGUGCAGCAGUACCUGCGUGGGUGGUGUUCGAAAUCGCUACAGAUUCUGUGACAAUCCACCACCGCGCUAUGGUGCUAAAUUUUGUCAGGGAAAAGCCGUGGAAACUGAGCCCUGCGGUGGCUCCGGUGUACUGAAUCUGAACAGCAAUUUGACACCAAACGACUGGGAGUGCAAUCAUGGAAAGGGCCUGGCAGUUGAGAGGCCAGAGGUUACCGCGGAAAUUGGCAACAAGUGUCGCUGUGGUUGUCUUGUCAAUCUGCGAAAUGAAACUGAGAGGAGGAUAUUGGCUGCUAGUACACGAGCCUGCCCAGGACGAUCAUUCUGGUUGAUUCAGACUGAAGCAGAAUACGCGAUCAAGCUUCACUUCGAUCAAACAAAGUUCCCGUGCCCUGGACAGUACGUGAGAGCGCGAGAUGGGGAUUCAUUGAGUGCUGAACUCUUAGCUGAUAUUGCAUUGGAUAAAAGUCCAUCAGAAUCUGGCACAAUAAUUUCAAGUGAAGAGAGACUACUUCUCGAGUUCUUCAGUGAUGAAAUUGUGGUGGCCAGGGCAUCCUGUGUCGGUGGAUUUCUCGCUCAUGCUUCGAUAUUCUUGAAACCUCAGAUGGAAAAUGGAACAGCGGAUACAACCGCAGUCCUUAUUGGUCCAAAAGUCAUGGCCGCCGCCGGACGCUGGGCAAUGUGGCUUUCCCCAGCUCAUGUCGCCGCCGCAUCACUUCUAUUACUCAUGUUUCUCGUUUCCAUCAUUCUGGCUCUGCAGUAUGCGGUGAAAUACAGAAAGUAUCAGGUUGCCGAGGAUUUAGACAGUCUGACUGACAAUUCAACCUGCAGUGGAUCUAUGCAGGGCUUGGCCAGACGUGCAAGAGCUAUUUCUUCAGCAACUUUAAUCUCAGAAGUUGUUUCCCUGGUUCGAUUAUCUCGUAGGGGAUCAUCGGGACACGGACGUCUCGAGGAAACUACUGCUGAUCUCGAGGAUGGUUAUGAAAGCACGGAAACUCAAGCGGAAAUGGAGGAAGCGCAGAGCGUGGAGUCAAUUACCCCAAAACAAAGGGAUAACGAUGAGAGUGGUUCUCAAAAAACUAUGGUGCCAAGCACACGAAGCACUCCAUCCAGACGUUCCUCAGUAUCAAGCACAGCAACAAUUGGCCAACCUGAGAUAAAAUUCGCCAGACCAGUUAAGCUCCGUACAGUUGGUCCAAUAAGUCCCGUGUCCGAGGAGGCAUCAAGUUUGGAAAACGAUCGACGAUACAGCACCACGAGCGGCUCCAACAGUGCGAAUAACGUAAGCCUAGCACAACAAAAACCAUCUAUACUCCAAUUCAAGGGAUUUUCCCCUGCCAGUACGUCAUCAAAUAUCUCGAACCUGCGUUGCGGCAAGGAGACCAAAGACCGCAGAAACCGCGAACGUCUGCUCCAGGGUCCAGGCUCUGAAUUCAGCCUGGCAAAUCCAGAUACCGACCUUGAGCUCGACUACUACGACUACAACGUAGUAAACGCCGGAGCAGCACCAGGCUCAUAUCUGGGUAUGGACCCAGCAUUUCUCGUGUGGAUACCCCCCUUGACACCAGACUCUGAGCUUCUGGAUUCCCUGAAGGAGGACCAUCACUACGAGGAGAUACCAGAUCGAGUGCCCCUCGACACAGAAGGCACAUCUCUCACCCCUGGUGAAUACAAAACGAUAAAAUACGAGCAAAACUCAAUUCCCAGGAGAUUGGACCCCGGAGAGAGUCGGCUGCACGAUGAAAUAAUCUCGGAAUACCGAGCACGUCUCAGCGAGGGAAUCCUCCCAAUCCACAGGAUUCUCGAGGAGUCGAGAACACGAAUAAGCGAGGAGUCUUUAUCACGUCACAGCGAUAAUAAUCCCCAAAUCGACAUAAUACCAAAUCGAUUGAGGGAUGAGGAUUACAAGGAGAGAAUUAACAUGGAUGACUUAGAGAGACCGAAGAGUGCAAUGUGCCGUAGAGACGAUGAGAGAAGAACUCCCGCUGCUAUUAGAAACAGAUUGCAGGAGUACGUCGAGAACAGUGAGGGCAAUGCCGAGGUGAUUAGGAAAUCGAGUGAAAUUUCUAAGGGAUUGGUGAGCAAGAGGAGGGGCCUGAGACGAGAUACUUCUAGAGACAGUGAUCGAGAUGUUUGUGAGGUAAAGGACGAGUUUAUUCUUCCGAGAACUCCUGGGUAUCAGAGAAGGUACAAGGAUAUUGCGGAUUUUAAUGGGAUGGAUGGGGGAGACAGGCGGGGAAGCAAUGAGAGCAUUCCCAUGAGGGAGAUCAGGAGAAGUUGCGAGUCACCUGUCAGAGUGCACCGGUCCAAAGAGGCUAAGGAUAUUUAUAUUUUGAAGGAGAAAGAGGUGGCAAGCCCUGACUACGGGGUUGAGUGCGAGGGAAAAGGGACAAGGGAGAGUUUCUAUGAUUUCAUUGGGGAGGAUGAAGAUGGGAUCAAGUUCGCUGAUGAUGAUGAGGGAGACGCUGAGGGGUAUGUCGAUAAUAAAGUGACGGUGUAAAUUUAAGGAGGGAAAUUAUGAGAGAAACUUUUUUGUAGGGAAUGAGAUACAAAAAAGUGUUCUGAUAUUUGUUGAUCAACCUAGAGGUUUCAGAGAUAUUUGAAGAAUUAUGGAUGGGAUAUUAUUCAUGAGAAUGCUUGGAAAAAUGGAGAACGUGUUUUUUGUGAAUGUGUUUGAAAGAAUGAGAUCCUUUAGAAAAUGUCAUGAGAGUUUUCUUCAUAGAGAAUGUCAUGGAAUACGAAAAAUGUCUAAUGGUAGUUUAUUCUACACGAGUACAUUCUUCCGAGGACUGCUCGGUAUCAGUGAAGAUACAGGGAUAUUGCAGAUUUUAAUGGGUUGGGGGAUGAGCAACCAGAGUAUUCCUAUGAGGGAGAUUAGGAAGAGCUGCGAGUCGCUUUGUCAGGGUGCAGAGGUCCAAAGAGUCUGACGAUGUUUAUAUUUUGAAAGAGGAGGUGUAGGGAAAGAGAAUAACGGAAAGUUUGGAUGAUUUUAUGGGGGGGGGGGGAUGAGAAUGGUUUCAAGUUCGCUGUCGACAAUGGCAAAAUAUCGAUAAUAAAUAACGGAAAUUAUAUUUGUUGAUAGAAUUACUGGUUUCAGGUGUAUUUGAAAAAUUAUGAAUGGAAUUUUAUUCAUGAGAAAGUUUGGGGAAAUGGGGAACAGGACUUUUGAGAAUGUUUGGAAGGACGACAUCCAUUUGGAAAGGUCAAGAGAUCCAUUUUUGUGGGGACUGUCAUAAAAUACGAAAAAUGGUCUAUGGCAAUUUAUUCUAUGUAGCAAAUUUUUCUUAUCCUACAAAAACCCCGAGAUAUCAGAAGGCAGGUUUAUGUUAAUCUCUUUGGAACCGAGAGGGUUACAGGCAAAUGAAAAAAAAACAACCAUUUCUCAACCAUUCCCUUAAAAGAAAAACAAUUAGUGUCUAAAGAUAAUUAAGGAAUUCUGGAUCAGAUUUUUUUCAUAUAAAUGUUUGAGGAAAAAUGAGUGUAUGAAUGAAUGAAUAACUGGCACGAAAUAGUAUAUUUCGAUACAAGUGCGACGGGUAUUUUAACUCGUGGGACUGGCGGCCCUCGACUUCACCUCAGGCCGCCAACUUCCCAUUCGUUAACCACUCCGUCGCACAUGUGUCCGAACUAUAGUUUUUGUUAGCGAAGUUACGUUCAGCGAGUCACGAACUGUCUCAUUGUUCGUUUACGAGUCAACGAAAAGCACUUUCCAAUACGGGCUGAACGUAGCAGCAGUGACAAAAAAUUCUUUGUAAACAUCUUUGAAAGCAGAAAGUUAAGUAAAAUAUCACAAGACUUUUUUCGUUCGAAAAUUAAUCAGUUGUAAAGAAAAAUGUUUUUUUUUCUACGCAUCCGAUCAUUUUUUAAGUAUAAUCGAAUGACAUGAACAAUGAAAGAACAGCCACUCUUUAAUUCUCUCCUUCGGUUGUUGGAAUUCUUCUCAAUGUGAAAUAUCUAAAUAGAAUUUAGAUGGUACAGAACAGAUAACUCAUGGACAUUCCCAUAUCAUUCGUAGGCUGAUCGUUCGGAUAGAUAUUAAAUUGAAUUCAGAGGCGUGAGGAGAACAGAUUGAAUAUUUCGGUAAUUAUGAAAAGACUGUAUUUUUGACGUAAAUCACGAGGCUUUACUUAGGAUUUGUAGAGGUAGAUGAAACUUUACGCUUUUUACUUUUAGUUUAUCGUUCGAAUCAAUGAAUAAAAAUUUAGUCAGUCAUUUUAAUUUUAUUAGCAUGACGCCGAUAUUGCCGAUAUUUCCUGAAAAUAAGUUUAUGGAAAAAUAUCAGGAAAUAUUUGUUUGCAGAUUAUGAAAUUUCCUGCAAAACAUGUGUUCUGAAAUUUUUUCCUAAACCCAAGAGUUUCGGACAUAUCCGCUGAAAUUAUGGCUCAUUUGUUGAACUCAGUUGAAAAAAAAUCAUUUUCUUUGCAGAAUAAAUGUAGAAUAAUGUAUAAAUUAAUUUCUAAUCAAUACUAAUGAUAAGUGACCAGACCAAAUGAUUGAAAAAAAAAACUUACGUGUAAUAGAAUAGAUUUUCAUAUGUAAAUCACUCCUGACGAUAAUUAUCUUCUAUCCAGACAGCCUCUAUGAUAUCACGUGAAAUUAAGGAUGUGACUCUAUCAUAAAUGUAUUUACUUACCAUUUCGCAUUUCUUUCUAGUCAAUUAUUUAUUGUAUAAUACGAAGAUGAAAACAUAAGAGAAAUUGAUAUUAUAAAACGAAAAAUGAUAAAUUUUACAGGUAAAGUAGCUCGUUAAGUCCAUGCCUCGCCAUAUUUUCAUCUGUCAUUCCAAUUUUUAUUUAUGCGCAAUUCUUAUGUUGAAUGAUCUAGAUGCAAAGAUGAUUUAUGUCAUUAGGACCGAUAAACUGCAAUUCUAAUCUCGCUCCGCUCGGACAUCGCGGUUUUCGGGCCCAAUAACAUAAAAUAGUGUAUGUCAUACGCCAAUGAAAGUAUAAUUUGACACAUAUGAUCAUUAAUAACAAAUGCCUUGGUCUUCGGUCGUAUUAAACAGGCAAAUUCGCCAAAUGAUACUUUUAUCGUCUAAUGACAUAAACUACUAUUAAUUUACUCAAAUAAUGAUCAAAUGAAGAGCGGAUAGUGAUCAAAGACUGAUACCGAUCGACUGGACGCGAAACUACGAUAUUAAGUGGCAUUCGUUCGCUCAAUUAAUUUUAUUUAUUAGUAUUUAUUCUUUCGAGCUUAAAGAAUAUUUUAUUCAUCUGUAAUUACGCCUCAUUGUAUGAUUACAGCAGUGUAUUUUGUAGUUGUUGAUUAAUAAAAAUAUUUACUAAAAAAAUAGACAGAGAGUGGCAAAUUAUUAACAGAAUAUUUGUUAUAGUCUCUAGACUAGAUUCCGGGUUUGCCCAUUAUAAUUUUCAAUUGGGAACGGCCUUAAGAC